AUGGCGCUCCUCGCGCGCACCUUCCGGACAAUCGUGGGACUCCCAUGGAGAUCCUUCGAUCUUCUGGACCAGGCGAUGCGGUGGAGCGCCAUACCAGAGAUUAUGGAGGCGCCGACGUCCCAAAAAUGGGCGGAUGAUCUCUUUACGCCCUGCUCUACCAAGUGCUGGCUGUCGCCUAAGUUCAGUUAUGACGACGAUACUGACAGCUCCGGGUCUGAGAUCAGCUAUGAAUCCGAUCUCUACGAUGAAGACGACGAUGAGGAAUGGAGUUGUAGUGAAAAUGAAGAAGAACUGGACGGGCUUAGCUUUGGGGGUGAUGGAUAUGUUGACUGCUGGGGAGACCGCUGGUUCUGGAAUCCUGGUUAUGACGAUGAGGGUGGAUCGGAUUUGAUGGAGCUGAGCGAUGCUGAGACAUCGAGUUAUGUGGUGGAGAGGUUGGUCGACUACGUCAUGCCCACGAUGGCCUUUAGCACAGAGGCAGCCAUAGACGUCUGGAUCGAAAAAUACGGAUCCAGUGCGUUGCAAGUUCGCUUCCUGACGGUGGUGCUGAGCGAACCUACAACCAUCGAUACCUCGGCGUAUGGACUCCAGUGCAUUAAAACAGGACUUUUCGUCGCUGUCCUAUAA